AUGAGGAACGAGACACCAUAUCUUCCUCAAGAAAUUGUCAGAAAUAUUCUCGUACGACUUCCCGUAAAAUCCCUAAUCCGAUUUCAAUGUGUGUGCCAAGAUUGGAAGAAUCUGUUCAAAACCCCAUGUUUCAUUGCAGAACACCGCCACCAUUCCACUCAGCAAAACUCUUUACUUGUUACCGAUUGCUAUAUCAGUAAAUGUAUAGCUGAUACUUGGCAUUUAAGCAUACUGAAUCGCGAGAUGCAAUUUCUUGAAUUUCGAAACCCUCCUAUCGCUGAUACCUUCGGGCCAUUAUGGAGGACUAUCCAUUCCAGUAAUGGCUUGCUUUGUCUCGAUCUCAUCAUAACUAAUGGACCUUAUAAUUCCUUUAUGUUGUGGAAUCCGGCUAUUAGAGAGGUCCGACAAGUGCCUCACUUUAUUAAUGAUUCUGAGAAGAGUGAUGAUUCUUCUGUCGGAUUUGGGUUCAGCCCAGUUGUUAAUGAUUACAAGAUUGUGAAACUUUCUUUGCUUGAUCGUAUGGUUGUUGAAGUGGAAGUAUAUGCACUAAGGACAGGGUUUUGGAGGAAAGUUAAACUUGGCAAUUUAGAGGUUACAACUAUUAAGAGUGAUCACGGUUUCCCUUGUAACGGAUCAAUCUUUUGGUAUGGAUUAAAGGAAUACGAUAGAAUUGAUGUGAUAGUUUCAUUUGAUAUAGCAAUUGAAGUCUUCACAUUGAUACCCUUUCCUACUGAGUCGCUUGCCUUUGAAUUAUCUCCCUUUAGGCUUACGAUGUAUGAUAACAAACUUGCUCUGGUUUCUGCUAUUAGAAAUAAUGAAUCGUCUUUAUUCAUUGAGUUGUGGUUGAUCGAGGAGUGUACAAAUGAGCCCAGGGAGGGAUGGAUUUGGACCAAAAUAUAUACAAGCAGAUCCUGUCCAUGCUGGAGUUUAAGUCCAAUGAUUAUUUGGAGAAAUGAAAUCGUUUGUAGUGUCCAUGCGAUGCAUGAAAUGCCAUUUGGAAGUGAAAUGAAGAAUGAUGAAGCAAAAGUUCUUUUGUGUAAUCUCACUACUAAUGAAUUCAACAUGUUUGCUUUCCCAACAAAAUGUGACUUUACUAAUCGGCUUUUGGAUUAUGCGGAAAGCCUUGUUCCAUUAAGUAACAUCAAGAUUGAAGGGCAGUGA